GGGAUGGCCCCUUCCCAGGAGUGAUUGACAUGUAUGGUGAUGAAGGAGGUUUGAUUGAAUUUAGAUCCAGCCUCCUGGCUACCCGUGGCUUUGCUGCUCUUUCUCUGCCAUAUUUUGACUUUGAAGAUCUGCCUAAGGUCAUGAAAGAACUGAAACUGGAGUACUUUGAGGAGGCGGCUAGAUUCCUGCAGCGGCACCCGAAGGUGAAGGGGCCAGGAGUUGGAGUGAUUGGGACUGGGAAAGGGGCAGAAUUAGCCCUCUCCAUGAUCACCUUCCUGCCAGAAGUCGUGGCUGCUGUCUGUAUCUCUGCCUGCAGUUCAAACACCGUUGCAGACCUCCAUUACGGGGAGAUGACUCUGCCUGGGCUGCAUUUUGACAUGAACAAGGUCAGUGUUUCUGAGGCUGGCGUGUUUGACGUUUUCGAAGCUCUGGACGACCCAACGAAUCCUGCUAAUUCUCCUUCCACCAUCCCCAUUGAAAAAGCAGAAGGUCACUUUCUCUUGGUGGUCGGGGAAGACGACCGUAUGUGGAAGAGCUCCUUGUACGCCGAGCUGGCCAUCGGGCGUCUGCGCCAGCACGGGAAGGAGAACUUCAAACUCCUGAGCUACCCAGGAGCAGGUCACCGCAUCGACCCCCCUUCCACCCCCUUUUGUCAGGUAGCUAUGGAUCGUGUCCUGGGCGUGCCUGUUCUGGAGGGUGGAGAGAAAAAGGCACAUGCCCAUGCCCAGGAGCACUCCUGGAGGAAGAUUCAGGAGUUUCUGCACUUGCAUUUGGGAUGA